AACGGAAAUCGGGAUACGGUUUUUUAAUUAUUCGUCAAAUUUAUUAAUCGGCCCUUUUAUAAAUGUUAUUUUGAUUGAAAAUUAUUUAUAAUGGAUAAUCCGCUUACUCCAAAUAAAAUACUACGAUUGUUGCAUUAUGCGGAAGACAAAUCUUUUAGUCUCAAAAAGCGAUUGGCACAAGAAGAGGAAGAGAAACGCAUGGAUAAUCAGGAAAGGACGACAAAUAAAUCCAGUAUGCAUUUGGAAUCGUCAUCCGGAAUAUUGGACCUAGACAAAGUGGAGGGUUUCGGUGAAGGGGGCUUAAGUAUUAUGUCAUUCAAUAAAUCCACUGCAUUUAAUCCUGGUGAGAUGACUGGUAGAUCAACUGGUACUGAAGAAGUCAAGGCUCAUACUGAACGCAAGGAACCAGGCAGAAAACCUCUAGAUGCCUAUGAUGAAUAUGGACGACAUUCAUUUGCUUUAGAAAGUCUCGCCAGUAACUUAGAGAAGCAGACAAUGGAAGUUAAUGAUAUUAUGAGACAUUCUAUUGCAAGUAAUUAUUCUUUUCAUUCAAAGAAGGACAUGACAGCAGAAGAAGCGUCAUUUGUCUUGAACCAUGCUCCACUGCCAGUACAGCAAAGCACCCAAGUUAACAUCACAGCAGACAACUUACCGGACACCACUACAAACAUGUCUGUCGGAGGUUAUUUCCAAGACAGAUGUCCUGAAUUUAAAAAUAUAUUCCAAAUGACUGAUAGUCCAAUCAGGUCUGUGAGACCUAGUAUUAGUGAAGUUUCCCUGUCGACUCCAUUGAAUUCAAUUAGCAAUGAAAGUAAGAAAACAUAUGUUGUGGAUCAAUCUUUGGAUUGUGUACCAGUGAGGCAGCGAGCCGCUAACAAUGAUGUUAAAAAUGAAUCCAAAUUCAGUAUGGCUCGGAACUUCACAGUACCGGAAAUAUCUGACAGCAGUUGCAGUACAGAUAUCCCUCCAGUUAAUAAUGAAUUGUUCAAAGUACCAAUGAGUAAAUAUGAUCAAGAAGAAUCUAACAUUAAACAGAAUUUGCUACAGAAAAGACUUCUGCAAUCUCUCAAUGUUGAACAGUUUUUGAAAAAAUCCUCCCCAUUUCAAAUGCCUACUGAAGAAUCUGGUGUUUCAGUUGAUAAUGAUAAUGAAAAUUCUCUGAGUAUUUCUAAAAUUGCGGACUACCUAGGAAAACAAUCAAAUGUAAGCAUAACCGGUAUGCUGCAACUAACUAAUCAAAAACAUGCUUUGAAAAAGGAGCCAUUAUCAGAGUUGCAUAUGAAUGCUCAGAAUAAUAUGAGAGCUAAAGACAGAAUGUCUACCACUAAUUUAAAGAGUAUGGAACAUGCAAAGUCUAUGGCUCACAUGAAGGGAAUGGAACAAAUGAAGGGUAUGGAACUCAUGAAAGAUAUGACACACAUGAAGAAUAUGACACAUAUGAAGGGUAUGGAACACAUGAAGGAUAUGACACACAUGAAGGAUAUGACACACAUGAAGGGUACGGAACACAUGAAGGAUAUGACACACAUGAAGGAUAUGACACACAUGAAGGGUAUGGAACACAUGAAGGAUAUGGAAAACAUGAAGGAUAUGACUCACAUGAAGGGUGUGGAACACAUAAAGGGUAUGGAACAUAUAAAAAGCAUGGAACACAAGGGUCCAGAAAUGUCUAGUUCUGGUAAAAUGAGCCUAGUUACCUCUCUUGAAUCAUUGAAGAUCAGAGAGAAGAAAACUGUACCCACAGUUGUGAUUACUCCUUCGUUGAACAAAACAGAAUGCAGUGACACUGAAAGUAGGAAAAGAAUUUCAAGAUCUAAAUCCCCGUCAAGCAAAAGUCCAUCUACUUUAAGCACUGUGCAAGAAAAUCACAACAGUUUCAAAUCUAAUGAUAGUCCUCUACAAAGAAGUAAAGGCGAUGUAAAUUUGUCUCACGUAGCUUCGCCCAAUGUUCAGUACACAGAGUUAGAUAGUUCAGUGGACUGGCGCGAGGUGCUGCGCCACAAGACACGGCACCGCUUGCCUGAAGAUCAAUGGACAGAGAUUAGAGCUACAGGUGUGAAAGGUUAUGUGGGGACUUGCUGUGACACCACAAUAACUAUUACCACACUAUCAGACAGUUGGUUGACAGCAAAAUUACAUUUUAUCGAUUUACCAAACGAUGGCAAAGAUUUGACCAUAGAAUUGCCUCGGCAGCCAUUGUUGCUGUCACCAGGAAAGACCGAAACAAUCAAAUUAUAUAUAACCUCUAAUAUGGAAAUGAACACAACUUUACCAUUCAAAGUAUAUCUGAGAGAUUCAUCUGUUGAUUCAGAUAUAGAACAAAUGGGAAAAUUGAAUGUAGAUUUCAAAAUGCCGACAAUACAAGCAAUUUCUUUUGAUGGUAUAAACAAAGUUGUUUUCCCAACAGUACAAGAAAACUGUAAUACAAUCAAAUAUUUUGUAAUUAUAAGCGAUUGUCCCGUUGAUUUGCAAUUAGAUUUGUCGAUUAUUGAAAAUAAUGAUGUUUUUACAAUAAAGAAUGUACAAGAAAUUCGUAAAAGCGAUGUUAACAAAGUUUUAAUGGAGCGUGACAAUGAAGAGGAUAAAGGAAAGGCGAAGGGAAAGAAUUUAAAUAAACAAUUGUGUCGACUUACAAGUGGUAAUGCAAUUAAAGUCUCUGUUGUGUUUACUGCUCCUAGAGUCACAGAUUUGGAUCGCAAUGACAGUUUGACUAAAUUCAAAGGUGCAUUGAAUAUAAAUUUAAUUGGAAUCAAAUCUGUAUUGAAUAAAGUGGAGUUGUAUGGAGAUGUGGGCUAUGCUAAGUUGCAAGUAGACAUACCGCCUCAUAAACUACAUUUAUCUAAUGAACCUAAAACUAUAAUGUUAAGAAAUUCUGGAAACAUGGCUGGGACAUGGUUUAUCAGAAUUAAACAUAAAACUCUCAACGACUAUAAUGUACCAUUCCAAGCGUCAUUACAAAGAAUUGAAUUAAGACCGGGAGCUGAAAAGGAAUUAACUAUCACAUACAAAGGAUCACAAGAUGAGUUUUUUGAAGGAACAUUAUAUUUCGAGGAUGCCUACACUGGUAUUAAAACGAAUAUCGACUUAACCGGUGGUUCGGAUAAGCCUAAAGUAUUUCCUAUAAAGACGACUUACCGCAGCAUGUCGUGGGUGCGCAGCGGAAGAAAGGAGCUCAGUCUGAGGAAUUCGACAAACAAGAAGAUCCAAAUCCGCUGUCAUAUAGUAGGCGAGGGGUUCACGCUGGAGGUGCCGCGCGCCGAGAGCCGCACCUACUGCCUCAGCUUCGGGCCCGGCGAGAGCCGCGCGCUGGCCGUGCUGUUCGCGCCCGCCUCGCCCGCGCCGCACGCCGCCGCACUGCAUCUCGUUUACGACAAAAGUAGCGAUUUCUCUAGAAAGGUGCACCUGUACGGAGCGUGCGGUGGUGCGGGUGCGGGGGGCGCGGCGGGCGCGGGCGGCGCGGGCGUGCGCUGGAGCGGGCUGGUGACGUACGGCGACACGGCGCUGGUGCGCGCGGCGGCGCGCCAGCCGCUGCAGCUGCCGCUCUACAACAAGUACAACGUGCCCGCCUUCCUCUGCGCACAACUCAGAUUCAGCCUGCAGUACCGGUGGUGCGAGGCGGGCUGCGAGGUGGAGGGCGCGCGCUGCGUGGUGGGCGCGCGGCGGCGGCACGCGCUGCAGCUGCGCCUGGACUGGGCGCGCGUGGAGCGGCGCGCGCGCGCCCUGCCCGCGCCGCCCGCCGCCACCGCGCUCGCCGCGCUCUCCGUGCUCGCCGGGCCCGAGAUCACGCGCCGCAGGAUACUCAGAAUAAUCAGAAACAAGACGACAGGUGAGCUGGACACCAGCCUGCUGCCGGAGCACCUCAGGGUGCUGGCGCAAGACAUCGAGGGUCAGGAGAUAGUCUCUGAAGAUGCUUUGAAAGACUUCGACGAAACAACCUCAUCGUUGAACGAGCUGAUAGAGAGCCUGCAGGAGCUGAGCGCGCAGAUCGACUUGCCGCAGGACUUCGCGGAGGAGCACACCAUACUCAUCAGCGACGACUCGCUGCUGCAGCACCACACGCUCGCUGAGUGAACCGCCUUUAUACUCCACUAGCUGUCGCUCGCGACUGCGCCCGCGUCACAUUUCCAGUUACUCGGUGAUAACGUAGCUUUUUAAUGGUGAAAGAAUUUUUAAAAUCGGCCAAGAAGUUUUUGAGU